AUGGACAGGCGCCUUCGGCAUCCGCCUCCGCCUGUCAGACGUUUGCUUCUCUUGUGGCUCUGGGGGCGCCUGCCCGUCCGAGGUUGGCAGUCCGUGAUUCUGCAACCUGAGCCUCCUCUUCAGGUCGGGCUGCCUCAGCUGCUGGGAGCCGCAUCUUCUGGUGCUCACGUCUUGCUUGCUCUCGGUGUGCAUCUUCUCCGUGCUCUGUCCUGCGUGUCUCGUGAAGUGGCGAGAGUCUUCCUGGAGAUCCGACAGGAGGAUUGGUGCGAGGAUCAGCAAGUUGCAAGUGGUGUCUUCUCGAAACAGGGAGCCUCUGUGUUGUCGGACACAAGCGAUGUCGUCUUGCAAGAGGGAGCCUCCUUGUUGUCAUAUUCGCCAUCACCAGGGCGAGGCGACGGAGUUGACUCCGCGGCUUUGGGUGCAGCAUCAAAUACUUCAGUCGGCGGGCUAAGCAGCUCGCGCAGCAAAGAAACUGAACGCCUUUCUUGUGCACGGGACGACGCCCUGGGCUCCUUUGUUGGGGGACUAGUCAAGUUUGAUGUUGCUAAGUUUGGUAAUUUCGACUUGAGCCUUCAACUGCCGUGGGAGACCGAUUUUGCAAAGGGCCUGCUUGAUCCAGAUUGUGCAUGGGACCCCUUGAAUGGCUUCAAGCAGGAUUCGAAGAUUCCUCCUUUGUCGAUCCCAACUCCUGGAAAUCCACUAUCCAAGCAGCCUGCCAAGGAGUGUAAUACUGGUGCGAUCUUUGCUUGGGCUGUGUCACUUGGUGCUGCGGCCAGGGACCCUGCAGCUGAAAGAGAGCGAAAGUUCGACCAAGGUGUGUGCAUGUGGAGCCGGUUGGUCCUGAGAUAUUCGGCAUGCUGCACGCUUUAUGAUUGUGUUUUAGAUGGCCAAGGUGCAGGCGAGAACACUUAUGUUUUGAUCGAAGCUGCAGUCUCUGCGGCCGUGGGAGUCAAGUCGCCACACACCAUCCAUAAGAGAGCGGCUUCCUUUUGGGCUUUUGUUCGUUGGGUAGAUGCCCAUGAGCCUCAGUCUGCCGAGAAGUUGCACGAGGUACAAGUGUGGAACUUUGUGCAGUUCCUUAAAGCUUCCGAGGCACCCGCAUCAAAAGCAUCGUCUGUGAUCAGCUCCUUCAGAUUUGCGCACUUUGUGCUGGGGUUCAAAGUCUCGGGCAUCAUCGAGUCAAAACGAAUUUGCGGUGCCGCGGAGCAGCAACUUGUGAAGGUCAGGAAACUGAGACAAGCCCUAGAUCUUAGGGUUUCGCAGAUCCUUGAGCUUCAUGCGCGGCUGGAGUCCGGAGCUCUGCACUGCUUCGACAGGGCUCUUCUUGCAUCCAUCUUGAUUAGGCUGUAUGCCAGGGCACGUCCCAGCGACUUCUUGUUUAUCGAAUCGGUUGAGGUCGACUGCCCCGCCGAUUCAGACUACCCUCUGCUAGUCUUUGAAGUCUCUGAGCACAAGGGGGCAAGAAAAGUUCAGCUUAAGAAUAAGCUCCUUCCAAUCUUGGUGCCAAUGAUCGGAGUGCAUGGAAAGUGCUGGAUCAACGAGGCGUUGAGCGCCUUCAAGGUGGGCCGUGCCUUGCGUGCAUUCUUGGGCGAGCCUGAAGAAAUCCUUGAUGCAUCCGUGCCGAGAGACCUCAAAAGUAUACUGGGCAGGCAUGCCUCGUCUGUCAAGACUACUCAGGCCAUCUACAGCAGAGAGCUUGCGGCCGCCCCAGUGCGAAGGUUGCAAGACUUGAUCAGAGAGAUCGUGGCCGGGCGGUUCAUGCCCGACAGCAGUCGGUCGAGUUACUUCCCAAAGAUGCCGAGCACCAAGGAAGCUGGAAAGGCAAUCACGUGUCAGGACGGUUCGCCUCCUGGAAAAGGUGUGGUCAAGAUUGAAGUGUUCAGUAGUGACGAGUCUGGUUCAGAGCCGGGAGAUUCGUCUGAUAGCGAAUCCUCUGGAUCGUCUGCAAGUUCUUCGAGCUCUUCGGCAGAGGAGGCCGCUCAGCCCAUUGUGCGACGGUGGAAGAGAGCCAAAGUGGAGUCUACUGACCAGGUGUGGUAUGUUCACACCGGUAGUGGAGUUUUGCAUCUGCUCGCGAGUCCUGAGGAGGCUCCGAUGUUGCUCGCAUGUGGGCGACCGGUGAAUAAGAAUUACCGGGAGGCUACGAGAGAGGAAGUCGGUCUUAGCCGGGACACGCUCCGUGCUUUUGCAGCUCAUGGAAUCGACGCUUCGAGUAAGUUGGCUUACUCGUGCGGCCAACCGGGGGCGCCGUUGCCUCAAUCGGACUUUGAUGACUUCAUUGCUACCGUGAUACCUGCAGCUCUCUUGGGCGAGAAAGGAGUGUUGGUUGAAGGGUCCUUGGAGCCGUCGCAUGGGCUCCUCAAUGCUGCUUGCCGCAUGGAACGUGAAGGCCAGCUGCGCUACAUUGCACCUGAGCAGUGUGGCACAAGAAUGUAUGAAAUCCAGAACGUCAAGGCGCACAAGGUUCUUUCUUUGGAAGAGGGCAAGCUUGCGAUUUCAGAAGAAAAGGAUUUGCCUGAGGUCACUUGUGGGUCCGCCUUGUUGCUGCAGGAGGCUUUGAAAAGGCGUGGGAUCGCCCUUCAGUUUGCGGGUGUGGCUUCGUUCCUCGCUCACGAGAAGUAUGUAUUGAAGCUCUUCGGCCACAUGGGUCGAGAGCCCCCUCCGGGGCACGCGAGAACCAGUGUGCACCAGCUCCUCACUGCUGACCGCCAGGUUUGGACAAAGUUGAUCGAGGACGAGGUUAGCCCAAGGGGCAGCCCCGCUGGCACCUACCCCGUGGACGAUGCACUGUUACCCGCGUUGCAAUCGUACGAUGUCACUGUUGCGCUGCUCCCCAGGGAAUCCUCUAAGGAUGGCAAGAAGCGGUUUGCUCCGACCAAGAAGGAUCAGAAUGAGCGUGAACAGAAGGUUGGCAAAGGUGACGGAGGCAAGGGUUCUGGCAAAGGCAAGGGCAAGCGUCCAGCAUGGCAGCCAAGUGUGCCGGAGGCUAUACGCAAACUCGGCGGGAGUGCCCAAACUCCGGACAAGAAGCGCAUUUGUUUCUCCAGGAGUGUCCACAGCGCAAAAAGUGACAUCCGAUCCGCACUGCGGAUGUGCAUAUGGCUUGUGCUCCAAGCUUUUCCGGAGGCCGAUUUUGGCGCGGUUGCAGUUUUUAAGAAUUUGCGAACACCUCUACAUGUCGACAUUAACAACUCUCCGGGAUCGGUAAAUUACUUGAUUCCUGUGUCCUCUUUCACAGGUGGCGAGGUGUGGCAAGAAGGACAGGGAUCCGUUGUUGUGCGCGAUGAGUUGGGCCAUCCACUCAUGGGCUCGCUCCUUCCGGUUGCAGAUGGGCCCUGUGUCGUAGAUCCGCGACGCACCCAUUGUACCAUGCCGUGGGUCGGUGAGCGAGUGCUUCUCGUUGCAUUUAAGCCUGCGCAUACUCGUGAUUUGUCCACAGCCUUCAAACAGCAACUCCAGAGCUUAGGCUUUCCGAGCCGGGCAUUAGGUUUGUGUGCGUCGGAGGCAAAUUUGUUGCCUCCAUCACCGCCUCUGCCAGAGGCCAGCUUGCUGCCGACGAGACCGGUUCUUCCGAACUCUGAUGUCGUUUGGAAUGACCCCCUUGUUAUCGAGCUUUUUGCGGGCAACGGCCGUGUCACUGCUUGCCUCAAGCAGUUGGGACUUUCGGCUGCUGGGGUUGACCGUAAUCCUAGUAAGUCCGUGUCCUUCUGUCUACCGGCGGACCUCACCUCGGCUCGAGGCCAGAAGCUGUGCAAGGAGUGGCUCGCCUCUCCUAGAUUGGCCGGCAUUUUUGCUACGCCCCCAGCCUUCACCGCUGCCACUGCUGAUGCAAUCACAUUCUUGUUGCAUGUGUUGUCCACAUCCUUGACCAAUGGAGUCCUUUGUGCCAUCGCGAAUCCUCGACAAAGUGCUCAGCCUCCGGCUAGCAAGAUUCCUCCGCUCGUCCCGGAACAUAAGCGUGUGGUCGUGCUUCGCCACCCGCACGUGCCGAUAGGUCAAAGUGGGGGCGACGAGACUGUGAAAGUAGGUUUGUGGGAAAUGGCUUGGGGAAUUCCUUGGGACCCAGAAGAGUUUUUGAAGACGGCCAAUGAUUCUCUUGAUGCAUUGGACGAGAAGAAUGACGCCGAAGUAACCGAGCUUAGAGCUAGGGUUAUUAAGGAGUGGGUUCACCUUUCGGUUUCCCUUGCUCAGGAUGAAGCAAAGUUGAAAGCAAGCAUGCACCCUGACGUCCGUGCCAUCACCGAACCGAAACGCAUUUUGCUGUGGGAGUCUCUGAUGGCGAAGUACGCUUAUCCUGACCCUGGAGUGUCCAGUCUCCUCAAGGAAGGGAUUCCCUUAGUGGGUCACGCGCCCAUCUCGGGCGUCUUUAAGCCGAAGUUCAAACCUAUGCAAGCCACGCCAGAGCAAGUGCGCGAGGAUUUUCAUGAUUUUCGGAAAAAGGUCCAUAAGUCCCUUAAACCCCAGGAGCACUCCCUAAUGUCCGAAGUUUUUGAAAAGACUAAGAAGGAGCUAGAGGCGGGCUGGAUCAUUGGCCCUCUUAGCGAAUCCAACUUGUGCUCAGGAACUUUGGUGAGCAGGCGGUUCGGAUUGCGGCAAGGCCCGAAGGUUAGGUGCAUUGACAACUUGACUUCGUCUGGGGUAAACUUAGCAGUGCAAGCUUAUGAAGCUCCCCAACCGCAGUCCACUGAUGUGGUGGCUUCCACGUGCCAGCGUCUUCUUAGGUACAUCAGAAGGAAAGUAGGCAAGGCCGUCUUCAACCUCUUGGGAAAGGCUUUUGAUCUUACCGCUGCUUAUAGGCAGCUACCGGUGCACCCGGGCAGCGAGUGGGCUUCAUACAUUUGCUUGAUCCAUCCGGAGACUCAUGAGAGAGUGUACUUCCGCAUGAGGGCGAUGCCAUUUGGCUCUUCCAUGGCGGUGUAUAGUUUCUUGAGAAUCAGCCACUCGCCCAAAGCCCUCCUUCUGCCCUGGUCGUCGUUUUUCGAUGACUAUAUAACAUUUGCCACUUCCGGCCAAGCUCUGUCGGCGGAAUCGUCUGUCACUGCAAUGUUCAAGUUACUUGGAUGGGCCUUCGCUGAGUCCGGUGACAAAUCGCAUGACUUUGCAAAAUGCUUCACUGCAUUGGGAAUAGUUGCUGACCUGAGUCAGGUUCGCGACGGGGUGAUUUACUUCAAGAAUACGGAAAAGCGUAUUGAGGAAAUCAAAUCCUUUGUGCAAAAGGUGUUGGAGGACGGCCGUCUUCCACAUCAUGAAGCGCUUCGCCUCAGAGGGAGGUGUCAGUCUGCAGAUUCUCAAAUCUUCGGCCGCACUGGGAAGAAGUGUCUAGGAUUGAUCACUGCACACGCCUAUGGUCUCGAGGAGGCUAUCAGUCACGAGCUUCGCGUGUCGCUUGAAAGGUUUCUGCAAAGGCUUGAGUGCGAUGCACCGCGACUUAUCAAGAUCCUUGAAGGCGGGUUCUGGAAGGUGUACACGGACGCAUCCUAG